AUGUCGGAACAAAUUGAUUGUUUUUAUGCAAAUGGUUUAACUCUGCAACAAUUCACUAAUUUACAAUCACUGAUGUUGUGCGGAGUUGGUGUUAAUCACAUGCUUGAUAGAAUCCAAAUAGCAUUACCUCAACUACCUCAUAUUACUCAUCUAACUUUGGACUAUUGUACUCUUGGCUAUAACCGAGUAACUAUUCUUCCUCUAAUCAAUAUCAUUUGGAGUUUACCAAAGCUUUCAUAUUGUUACUUUAUCAAUUCAAUAACAUUUUGUCAUGAUCAAGCAUUAUUCGUUCCUCCAACAGUAGCCUCAUCAACUAUAACACAUUUAACGAUCUGGAACAUUGAUGAUCCGUAUUGCGAAAUGGCGGCUUUAUUUGAACAAACGCCAUAUCUUCAGCAUUUCUCCGUAUCUGCGUGGACUUAUUAUCCUGAUUUCAGAUUGACAUCAUCGGUUCCAUCUAUCACUACAUUAAAAAUAUCAGGAUUUCCAUAUAAGACAGUUUGUGAUCUUUUACAACGUUUACCUAAUUUAUCCCACUUAUAUCUGGGCGCAAAUAAUUCCGACGAUCAUCAACAAUGGGAGGAACUCAUCGGUGAUUUUUUGCCAAAGCUGAAAAAAUGUCAAUUUAACGGGCGUCUCUUAAAAAAGGAGCUGCUCAAGAAUUAG